AUGGUAUUUUUGAAAAGUAAGAGAAUCAUCUCGUAUUCGAUUAUUCUAUUAAUUUUGCUUUUGAUCUUCUGUAUUGCUAUACCAGUUAUUAUACUUUAUGAUCCUUUGCGAAAGACAACGUCAGUACCAGUACCUCCACCAGUACCUCUACCAGUACCAGCACUAGCAGCACCUCCACCAGCACAAGUAGCAGUACUAGUAGUAGCACUACCUCCACGGAUAUCAGUACGGACAGUAACAACUAGUAUAUCAUGUCCGGCCGGAUAUGUGCUAUCAGGAUUGAGUACUUGUGUUAAUCUUCAAAUAGAUUAUAACAAUUGUGGAUCACUAGGUAAUGUAUGUCCAAACAAUUAUGCUAGUUGUUCAGCCGGAGUAUGUAGUAAUGCACCUGCUGUGCAACUUUUGCACGCAAUUGCUAUUCCAGGAUGGGACGGUAGUAGUUCAGUUGAUGAUGCUGUUGCGUCCUUGACUUUACCAUCGAAUCUGUCACUGACAUUAUAUGGAUAUUCGUCAUCAAAAAUAUAUAUCUCGAGUAAUGGCGUCAUAUGUCUUGUCAAUUGUAUGAGUGAACACACUAACGCAGCCUUACCAACGACUGCUUUUAAGGGUCCAACAGCUCUCGCUCUAUGGGACGAUUUAAUGAUAUACAGUGGCACGUCUCAAGGUGUCUAUUAUCCAAUUGAGGGUGGUGCACCGAAUCGAACAACAACUUUUGAAUUUUACACAAGUAAAUUCAAUGCUUCACAAAAUUAUUAUCACUUUCAAGUAAAAUUUUACGAGAACCAACCUGAUAUCGUUGAAUAUAUCUACUAUGAAGUGAGUGACAAAGGCGGAAGCGCAACGAUUGGCACUCAAAAGUCGAUUAGUGGCCCUGAUAUUGAAUACUCUAUGAAUAAACCAAACGCUGUGUGGCCAAACAUGACUUUGACAUUCAAUACUAAUACAAACACUUAUUGGAUAAAGAAUGGUACAAUAGCAUAA